AUGACGUGUGGAGUUGCGCGCGGACCAACCAUUAGGCAAAAUUAAAGCUUGAAGGGCCGUAGGUGUAGUCGGUUGAUGCUUGGGACUUCGAAGCUAAACUCCAGUCGUCACUUGUGAGAGAGAGCUCUGCUCUCCACGUGCAACACUGCUGCAGCUUCCCCGCUACAUUUGAUAAUCAACUUAUCACUCCUACAUUGGCCGACCAAGCAUGCAGUGAUAUCUUCCUCAUGACCAUUCAGUCUUACAUUCCUUGUCGAACACGCGCACUUUCUGGGCCCGGCCGCAGCUCUUCGACACGCCGGCAGGCUGAGGACGCGCUGUGCCAUCCUUCGUUUGAGCAGCAUAGUCCGACGCGAUAGUCUCGAUCCCUACCAUCGCGUAAAGAAUCUCGGUCCACGAUCUAAACACCAGGCCCGUGACAAUGUCUGAUCCAAAGAGACCGAAAAGCUCUGCUGGCGAAGAAGCUGCAGCUUCAGCGAGGGCAACGGACUGGAGCGCGGUCCAAGAGAGCUCUACCCAGUCGCCAGCUACGGAACGAAGACAUCACAACCGGUCACAGACGUCCACCUCCGUAUAUGGAACGAUAUCUGGCAACACAACCCGUACUGGCUCAACCUCCGUCGAGCCUUCACCACAACAAUCGCGCCCCAAAAAACCUGGUAUGGGACGCCGGCCCUCCUCUCACCGCAAUCAACAUUUCUCUGUCCAUGAUGCCCAGGAGGAGGUGGACGAAGACAUGGCGAAGAUUAGACAAGCAAGACAGUCAUCUGGCACUCUCAGGCGGCAGCCCUCGACCGUACGGAGGAGAGUGACCGCGCAACCACCUAAGCUAUCGACAGUCGAAGGUGACGAUGAUGAGCCGAUGUCACCUCGCGAGGUGAGUCUGUCUGGUCCAAAGUCUCCAGAUGACAAUGUAACAUCUGGAGAAGAGGCAACCGUUGUAGCUGGUGAGGAUGAAGAAGAAGAAGAAGUAGAAACUCCGGGUGCAGACGACGAUGAUGCCGACCUUAGCGAUGCAGAGAGCUUUACUUUGCGAGACAGGCAACAAGCCAUCAACGAAACACAUCCCUUUGGUAUCAGGAUCUGGAAGCCAGCACUCUACAAGAAGGACCGAUCUGUACAGAAGAACGCUGAAGGAGACAUCCACUCUACACCCGGACUGUUCGUGAGUCGUUGGCUAGUUCUGUUCAACUUCAUAUGGUCGAUUCUCUUCGGAUGGUGGCUUGCGGCCAUUGCUGCUGCCGGUGGUCUCUUCUGUUUACUCUUUGGGUUUCAAGGGAGUUGUGUCGAGUAUGGAACUGUGCUGUUGGGCCUAGCGCGGUAUUUGAUCUAUCCGUUUGGCAAAUAUGUUCGACUUAUCCAGGAUGAAGCAUACGCCGAGGAGGAUGAGGGUGAAGGAAGAAGCAUCAGUGAAUACGAGCAAUGGCAGAGUGGAGACAUCGAAGAAGGUCGACUCUUUUUCGGACCGAUCAACAUACAGGGCUCUAUCAUCGGACGAAGACGGAACAGUAUCGACUCGACAGCCUCCGAGACCCAGAGUCUACUUGGACGGACCGGACGUGGUAACAGUAAUUCGAAUGACAAUGAUACCCGAAAGCGACGUCUGUUCGGUCGCGGUAAAUGGACGCUCGGUCGCAUCAUCUUCUUCAUCGCCUUCUAUGGUCUAUUGGCACCGUCCCUCCUGCUCGUCUCCGGUAUAUGCUGGCUCUUGGUUUUUACAAUACCUAUGGGCAAGGUGACUUUACUACUAUUUGAUCAUAUGCGACGGCAUCCACUGGCACUCUCCUUCCACGCUGAUGGUUCUGAUGUCCGACGGGGUGGCGAGCAGUCUUCCUCGAUCUUACUGUGCACAUACCGUGCUGUUGGCACCAGAUAUUGGAAAUACACAAUUGACGGUACAAACAUCUUCCUCAUCAACUUGCUCGGAAUUGUUGCUUUCGUCAUUUUCGAUUACUGGGUGCUUGGGGUAGCUCUUGGAAUUAGAAACGCACUCACAAGCUCAGGCUUCGUCUUUGUGCUUGCACUGUUCUCAAUCAUACCUUUGGCCUACUUCAUCGGACAAGCUGUGGCUUCAAUUUCGGCCCAAUCAUCUAUGGGCAUUGGUGCUACCGUCAAUGCACUGUUCUCCACCAUUGUGGAAGUGUUCCUGUACUGCGUUGCGUUGAAAGAGGGUAAGGCGCAACUGGUCGAAGGCAGUAUCAUCGGCAGCAUCUUUGCUGCUAUACUGUUUCUCCCUGGGUUGUCCAUGUGCUUUGGUGCAUUGAAACGAAAGACUCAAAGAUUCAACGUCAGAUCAGCAGGGGUGACAUCUACCAUGCUACUCUUUGCCAUUAUCGGUUGCUUCAGUCCUACGCUAUUUUACCAGAUCUACGGCAGUCACGAGCUCAAUUGCCAUCAAUGCGCUCAUCACGCCUACACGGGCGAUCGCGACUGCAGACGAUGCUACUUUUCCCAGGCUCCAGCCAUACAUGAUCGCUUUUACAAAGAAGCGCUGAAGCCGUACAUCUGGUUCUGCUCCGUUCUUCUGUUUCUCUCAUAUGUCGUUGGCCUGUUGUUCACGUUGAGAACUCAUGCCGCGGUCAUCUGGAACAACGAGAUAGAUGAAAAGAAGCCCGAGAAGCAUGAUAUGACCAGUAGUCAGCUGAGCACUAGUGGACAUUUCGAGCACCCUCACACGCUGAAUCUCCAAUCAUCCUUUGAAGCUCACAGUGGCACAUCGCGAUCCGAUAUCCGACAAACACAGUUGUACAAGCGUAUUCUAGGACAAUCUCUCAAAUCUGCAGGUCUUACAACUAGCGGGGAAGUCAUUCACGAAAACCAUAAGAAGUCUUCGACUGCUCCCAGCACCAUACCGUCCACACCACAUGUCGUACCGCCGAAGGCUGACGGUGAGAUGGCACAGCCCGAAAGUCUUCAUGUCGAAGGCCUGUCGGAUGAGCAGAACAAUGCAAUCACCCAGUGCAUCGCUGAAAUAGCCGCCACUGCCGCUGCUGUGGCUGCUCGUGAUGCAACGAAGGCGCCACGAAAGGUAACACAGGCUGCUGCCACGGUACGAGCACAUAGCCACCGAGGCUCGACUGUCGAAGAGACGCAUGCCCAUGGUGAAGCACCAGCUGAGCAGGCAGCCGGUGGUCACGACGCCCCUAAUUGGAGUCGCAAGAAGAGUACGGCCAUCCUUCUCAGCGCAACUGUCGCCUAUGCAAUCAUUGCUGAGAUUCUUGUGAAUACUGUCGAUGCUGUGCUCGAAAAUGUGGAUAUCGACGAAAAGUUCUUGGGUAUUACGCUUUUCGCACUGGUUCCGAAUACAACGGAAUUUCUUAACGCUAUCUCGUUUGCAAUGAACGGUAACAUUGCUCUGUCCAUGGAGAUCGGCUCCGCCUACGCCCUUCAAGUUUGUCUGCUUCAAGUACCCGCAUUGGUGCUGUUCAGUGCUUUCUACGGUGCAUCUGGUCUCGUCGAUUCCAAAGAAGUCAUACACCAUACCUUCACUCUUAUUUUCCCGCAAUGGGACAUGGUUACGGUAGUGCUUUGCGUCUUCCUUCUAUCGUACGUAUACGGUGAGGGGAGAAGCAACUACUUUAAAGGGUCUAUCUUGAUUCUGGCAUACCUCGUCGUCACUGUCGGAUUCUACUUGUCGUCUUUCAACGAAGCGGGCCUGAAUGGUGUUGAUCCGUACGAUACACUGGCGCUUGGUGGUCUUUUAGAGAGUACGCGAUUUGAGUCCUCCAGCUUCAAAGUCAAGGGCAGUGGCACUCACGGCCGGGCUUUCUAGCGACGACGACUCUGAUUUGCGUUGUUGCUUCUUCCCGGCUGCGCAUUUGUGGCAUCUUAAUCAAGUUGAGACUCGAACUUUCAUCUCUGCAUUGCAUAGCGAUCGAUGAUAC